AUGGAAGCAAUGGUUAUGGGGACCAAUGGGCUUGGCUUUAUCAAGUUUCACAGAAACAAUCUAAAAGAACUUGCGGAGCUUGAUUUAAUUGCAUAUUCAAAGGAUCAAAUUCAGGAAGUCCAAAAAGAGUUAAAAUUCUUGGGAUCUGUUUUCAAGAAGCAUGAAACGCUCACAGCUUUUAAGAUGCGUGUUUUGAAGGAAGUCCACAAGGUAAUGUUUGUAAUUAAUUCCUCCGAUCUUUCACCUUCGUCCUUUGACAGGAUCUUAGAAGAAAUAUUCCUUUUGAAAAUUGAGGCCCUCGUGAUUGAUGUGAUGUAUGGCUCUGAAGCCCAGAAACUUGCAAAUAUUUCUAACUAUGCAUCGCUACUACAAGAAAGCAACCCACAUCUGAAAGAUGGUUUGGUAGGUUUCCAUGAGGUGAUAGAUGAAAUAAUUGGUCAAGUUAGAAAUAUAGCCCAGAAGAAAUUGGACAUUGUAUCCAUUGUGGGCAUGGAAGGACUUGGCAAGACAACUUUAGCCAAACGAGUGUACGAGCAUCCUGCUCUGAGAAACAACUUCAAUUUUCGGGCAUGGUGCAAUGUUUCUCAGGAAUAUCAGAAUGAAGGUUUGUUACGUGAAAUUCUGGGUUGUAUUCAUCCUGAGAAUUCUAAGCUGUACUCUAAGAAGGAAGAAGGUGCUUUGGCUUUAGAGCUCAAACAAUCCCUAUUGAAAAAUAAGUACCUCAUCAUCUUGGAUGACGUAUGGGACUUAAAGGCAUGGAAUACCUUGAAAGUAUCAUUCCCAGAUGAUGAAAAUGGAAUCAGAAUUAUUAUAACAAGCAGAAUGCAUAGGGUGGCUUCAGAUGUUAAAUGCUACAGUGAACCUCACUGCCUUCGGCCAUUCAACGAUAAUGAGAGCUGGGAGUUACUAAAGAAAACACUCUUUCCCAACGAUGAUUUUCCUCCUAAACUGCGAAGAGUUGGGAUGCAGAUAGCUAAAAGCUGUGGUGGGCUACCUCUCUCAGUUGUCAUCAUAGCUGGAAUUCUGCGAACUAUAGAACAGGAUGGUUGGGAGGAAUUUGCAGCAAGGCUAAGUACAAGUGUAGUUAGCGGCACAGAGCAGUGCAUCAAUAUGUUAGAACUCAGCUACAGGCGUAUACCUGAUUGCUUGAAGAAAUGCUUUCUUUAUUUUGGAGCAUUUGUACGAGGUCAAGAAAUUCCAACUAAAAGGUUAAUGUGGCUAUGGAUCGCCGAAGGAUUUGUGCAACAAGUUGAGCAAGAGGAAUCAGAGGAAGUGGCAGAGUGCUGCAUGAAAGAUCUAAUUGACAGAAACUUAAUUAUGGUUGCCAGACGAAGAUCCAUUGGUGGGGUUAAAACUUGUCGCGUUCAUGAUUUGAUACGCGAGUUUUGUGCAGCAAAAGCUAAGGAAAAGGCUUACCCAAAAGGAGUGUUGGAUUUGUGGGAAGUUCUCCUAGGUGAACAUUUUCCCACUGAAAUAGAGGUGCUUGUUGAGUUAAGGUACUUGGCAAUUUGGGGUAAGAUGCAAUCCAUCCCAUCGUCAAUAGCCAACCUCACCAAUUUGGAAACUUUUCUUGUUAAAGGGAAUUCGGGUGAUGAUGUUAUUGUGUUGCCAGAGAAUAUUUGGAGUAUGAUGAAUUUGAGGCAUCUAGGCGUGAGCAAUUGUUGUGGUGACAUGAGUCUGGCCAAAGACAAUCUUGACAACUCCUGGGUUCUAUGUAGCUUGAGCACCUUUUCCAAUCUAGCGGUCGGUUACGAGCAAGGCGUGGAAAAGCUGUUCACAAAGUUCCCUAACAUCCGUAGACUAAAGUGCGAGCUCCGUGAACCAGAAGAUUCAGAGGAAUUGGGUACGCAUUGCAGCAGGAUUGUGUCAAUGGGCUUUCUAAAUCGGCUAAAAUCACUCAGUCUGUCUCUUAAAUUCAUUGAUCAUUCAAAUCCUAUUCAGUUUCACCUUCCACCGAAUCUCGAGAAGUUAAGCCUCUCGUACUUUCCCUGGAGUAUGAUUUCUGCAAUUGAGAAACUAACCAAUCUUGUGGCUCUCAAAUUAUCGAAUGAUAAGGAGGACAUAUCCGACAGAGAAGAAGAGCUCCCUCAUGAAAAUAUGACAGACAGUGACCAUGAGGAGGAAAUUCCGGAAGUGGUAGAAGAAAGGGAACAACCUGAGGAGGAAACAAGAAGGGCGAAAAGAUGGGACGUAGCAGAAGAAGUUGAAUUUCCGAAGCUCAGAUUCUUAAAGUUAUCUUCCAUGACUAUUUCCAGGUGGACAGGGUCGGGUGAUCAUUUUCCAGGUCUUCAGAGAUUAAAGUUGGAGGACUGUUGGUAUUUGAAAGAAAUGCUGAACUGUUUAGGGUCUAAUUCACCUCUUCAAAUGAUUGAGAUUCGCUAUUGUCCGAUCUCUGUUGAAUUUUUAGCAGACGAGAUUUUUAGACAACAAAAUUAUGAAGGAAAUCAGGGCCUGGAGUAUGAAGGAGAUCAAGACCUGCAAAUUUAUAGCUUCUGGAGAUGUUGGUUGGGGCUUGACAGUUUAUCAACUUUAAAGUCUGGUUAUAUGAUGUCUGAACCUCCUCGAGGCAAUAAUCAACGGACAGACAGAAUAAUUGGGUUUGAAGCUGCAGCUGAGAAAGUAUUGGAACUUCUCGGUGGGGAAAAACUAUCUCAAGGCAAAACCAAGAAGGAGUGGGUGGGCGCCUCCGUGGCAGGGAAACAGAGUGGGGCAAAACUAGUUGAAGCCAAAGACAAGAAAGAGAAGCUGAGCUUCACCGAGGUAGGAUUUAGUUGCCAAGGUCCACCAGCUGCUCAGAAAAAUUCUCAGCCCUAUAAAUUGCGAUUUAUGGAACAAGAAGAGGCUGAGGAAUUAUUAAGGACAAAGGUUUUCGGUGAAAACGAAUGUCCAAAGAAACUGCAAUCCAUUGAAAGGGACAUUCUGGCAAAAUGUGAUGGGUUACCUGUUACCACCAGCAAUAGUGGUAACAGCUGGUAUUCUCUAUUCUGA